AGGCAAAAAGGUAGAACAUUCCGUUGUCUGCUUUAAACUUCGACCACCUCAGCCUUAGUCAUCCUCAUCCACAAGUCACAUCACCAUGGCCGUACCUACCGUAACUGAUGAGUGGGUCAUCGAGUCCGUAUCUAGUCCUGGUUCUCCCGCACUCCGUCUUAAUAAGUCUGUGCCCGUGGAGGCUAUUGGUAAUGACGAGGUUCUUCUCGAGAUCAAAGCUGUCUCGCUCAACUAUCGUGACCUUGCUAUAGCCAGUGGUGGCUAUCCCCUGCCCGUCAAAUUUCCCCUCAUUCCAACAAGUGACGGCUCUGGCGUUGUUCUUGCUGUCGGUGCUUCUGUCACCUCACUUUCUGUCGGAGACGCUGUCUGCGUCCUCCCGGCCCCUUUACACGUCUCGGGCCACCUAACCACGGCUACUCACCGCACCCUGGGUGAUGGGGACUUGUCUGGUCUCCUUCGACGGCAUGUUGUGUUGCCGGCGUCUUGGGUUGCGCGCUUCCCAGACUAUCUCACCUUUGUUGAGGCCAGUACGCUCGGUGCAGCAGGUGUAACCGCGUGGAACAUCCUCUUCGGCUCCGGGCCACGCGGCAUCAGGGCAGGCGACUGGGUACUCACUCAAGGUACAGGCGCGACAGCAAUGUUCGCAGCCGGAUUUGCCGUGCUCUCCGGUGCCACCGUGGUUGGGACAACCAGCUCAGAUGCAAAGGCUCAAUGGUUGACAGAACUCGGCGUGAGCAAGGUGUUGAACUAUCGCGAAGAUCCGACAUGGGGAGAAACAGCACGGAAACUAUCCCCCAAUGGCGAGGGCGUGGAUUUAGUGGUCGACGUAGGGGGCUCCGGAACUCUAGCCCAGAGCCUCAAAGCCAUCAGAUACGAUGGGACCGUAGCAGUCACGGGAUUCUUGACGGGGGGGGAGGGAGGUCCUGGGCCGUCUUUGAUUGAGGUCCUGCCGCGGGCGGCAAAUGUUCGGGGCAUAUUAGGCGGAUCAAGAGCACAGUAUGAGGAGAUGGUAGGAAUGAUGAAGCAGUGGAAAUUCCACCCCACCGUUGAUAAAAGGGUGUUCGGUUUCGAGGACGCAAAAGAGGCAUACGAGUAUUUGCGGGCUCAAAAGCACGUUGGAAAGGUUGUUAUUGAAAUCCGGAGAUAA